CUAUAUAGGUCACUGUUGUCUUGAUGAUUUAUGCCGACAAAUUAAACAAAAUUGAAAAUACUUCAUAUCUUUAAUCAAAGGACAAGUUUAUUCUAUUUAAGUACACAUUUUUAACUGACAUACCUCAUAAAAAAGUUCAAUUAUUAUUUGUACUACCAAACUAAUGAUGGAGAUUUCUUUUAAAGGCAAAAGAAUUCUAGUCACCGGUGCUGGACAAGGUAUUGGACGAGGUAUCGCAGUGGAGCUGUGGCGAGCUGGGGCUAAUAUUGUCGCUUUAUCUAGAACUAGAUCGCACUUGGAAGCAUUGCAGAGUGAAUACCCCUCAAUUGACAUAGUGGAUGUUGAUAUUGCAGACUGGGAAAAAACACGAUCUAUUGUCGAGUCUUUAGGACCCUUUGAUGCAUUGGUAAAUAAUGCAGCUAUUGCCAUAUGCGAACCUUUCCUCAAUUGUACACCUUCAGAUUUUGAUAAGAUGUUUAAUGUUAAUGUUAAAGCAGUGUUAAAUAUCAGCCAAGUUGUAGCAAGAAAUAUGAUAGAAAAUAAAAUACAAGGCACCAUUGUUAAUAUAUCCUCACAAGCAUCAAAGGCAGCUUUACAAGAUCAUGCCAUAUAUAGUGCUUCAAAAGCUGCUUUGGAUGCAUUAACUCGAUCAAUGGCAUUGGAACUAGGACCACAUGGUAUUCGAGUGAACGCUGUGAACCCAACUGUUAUAUUGACUGCUAUGGCGAAAGUUGGCUGGUCUGAUGAGAAAAAAAGUAAAGAAAUGAAAUCAAAAAUUCCUUUAGGAAGAUUUGGAGAAGUCUCAGAAGUUGUAAAUGCUGUAGUAUUUCUUCUAAGCGAAAGAUCAAGUAUGAUUACAGGUGUCGAAUUGCCAGUUGAUGGAGGCUUCCUUGCUACAUAAAUAUAAAAAUUAUUUUAUUUUAUGUAAAUGAUGUUUUGAGAUCUGUUUAAUAUUAUAAGGUACCAAAGAGUUAAUGCCUAAAAGCUAGAAAUACAAUCUUAUUAAAAAUUUAAAGGAUACAAAAUGAAAUAUAAUUUUCUUUCAAAUAACUAAUUGUGUAUGCUUAAAACUUAACUGUUUUGAAUUGUGUAAUUCUCAUCUUAUUAAUUUAUAUCUAUGUACUUUAUAAAAAGCUUAAUUCUAAUAUCUGUAUAUUAUUAAAACAUGCAUUGAUAUUUUUCUAUUAAAAGCUUACGUUUAAGCUUUGCCAUCCUAAAUAAUUAACCAAAGUGUAAUCAACGUACCUUUGUUUUGUUGAAUAAAUGUGAUUUGUUGUAAA